AUGUGCCAGACAGCCGCAGUCCCCACCUCCCAGCACAGGCCUCCAUGUCACUUAGACAGGCGUCCAGGUCACAUAGACAGGAUUCCACGUCACAUAGACAGAGAUGGACGCCUGCUUGAAGGUGACCAGCUGCUGGCCAUCAAUGGUCAGCCGCUAGAAGUGUCCCACCACGACGCCAUCCGAGUCUUGCAGAGCAUCAGAGGCACUGCGGAGAUCGUCAUCGCCCGAGGCCCGCCGGUCAUCUCUCGGGCUGAGCUUCCAGUUGAGGUAGGUGUUGCUGCUGCCACCUCUUGUCUGUGGGCAGCUAUUAACUGUCCAAUAGAACUGACAUUGAGCACAGACUGGACACAGCUGGAGGUCAUUGACCUGAUCAACGAUGGCACAGGCUUAGGCUUCGGCAUCAUUGGGGGCAGGAGUACCGGAGUAGUUGUGAAGACCAUCCUGCCUGGAGGAAUAGCAGACCAGGAUGGUCACCUGCGGAGUGGAGACCACAUCCUGCAGAUCGGAGAUGUCAACGUGAGGGGCAUGAGCUCGGAGCAGGUGGCCCUGGUGCUGCGGCAGUCAGGCAGUCAUGUGAGACUAGUUGUGGCACGAUCAGUACAUGAAGCUCCACAGUUUCAGAUCCCGCAGGCACCCAUCAUCCCCACCCACCAGCUGGAGGAGCACAUGGAGCACUUCAAUGCAGUCAUGGCCAUGGAAGCAGGGGAGCAUGAGCAGCAUCUCCACAACCUGCACCUGCAGCAUCAGCUCCAGCAGUACCAGCUACACCAACAACAGUUGCUGCUGGGCUCCGUCCAGGUUCAUCCUCAACCUGUGGAGGUGAUGCAGGAAGUGCCUGAUGUUGAUGUGUUUGAGGUGGACCUGAUGAAAGAUUCCCACGGUCUGGGUAUCACCAUCGCUGGAUAUGUUGGGGGAGACAAUACUCCUGACGAAAUUUCUGGCAUCUUUGUCAAGAGUAUCACAGAAGGCAGCGCUGCAGCCACAGAUGGCAGAGUUCAUGUCAACGACCAGAUCAUUGAG